UCAAAUCAUGCGUGCAAGUUAAAGUCUUGUGACUAUAUUCCGAAGUACUUUCAGAUUUAUAAAUAACUAAAAUUUACGGACCUUUUUCCCUAAUUGCGAAACUUUUAAUCUCAAUACUUUUAAUCAGAGUUAGUAUAACAAUUUAUAAUAAAGAAGUGUAGUGCCAUAUUCGUUAUUUAGGAGGUGAUACGUGAAAUUCUAAUCAAUGAUGAACAAAUCGUUGACAGUGGAUAUAAAGUGAAAAAAAAUAUUUAUAUAAUUUAUUCACACAAGAACAGAAAAUCAAUGAUUAUUAAUUGAGUAAUAAGAUAGAAAACAUUGAUCAAUAUGACUAACAAUGACAUCAGGGAAAGUGAAUGUCUGACUACGAAGAAUUUAGUGAAAUUAGUGGAAAAAACCAAAAACGAAUUAAACAAAAAUGUAGCGAACGUUAAAGUUUAUAAAAGAAGAUGGUUCAUGUUAGGUCUGUUUAUUCUGAGCUGCAUGGCAAAUAAUCUUCAGUUUGUACAGUAUUCAAUUAUAUCAAAUAUAGUAAGCAGAUAUUAUGACGUGUCAUUAGUAGCUGUUGAUUGGACUGCAAUGAUUUACAUGCUGGCUUUCAUACCAUUAGUAAUACCAGCAACACAUGUAUUCGAAAAGAUAGGUUUACGAUGGACUGUGGUUUCAAGUACGUUUAUUACCUGCCUAGGUUCAUGGAUCAAAGUUUUCUCAGCAUCUCCUGAUAGAUUUUAUCUAGCAUUUGUCGGUCAAACCUUGGCGGCUACUAUGCAGACAUGUGUCCUAAGUUCGCCCAGUCGUUUGGCUGCACAAUGGUUUCAUUCAGAGCAAGUGUCAACUGCAUCUUCUCUUGGAGUUUUUGGAACUUUAACGGGUAUAGCUUUAGGAUUUUUAAUUCCACCUAUGGUGGUAAAAAAUCAUGUUAAUCUCGAGGAAGUGGGCAACGAAAUCCAAAAUCUGUAUUACCUAUAUGCGGGCAUAACAACAGCUAUAGCUUUCUUUGUUUUUAUAUUUUUUCAGGAUGAGCCAAAACUGCCCCCGACCGAAACCAGAGCCCUUUUGAAACUGAAUCGAAUCGAGAACAAGGAAGGUUUUAUUCAGCCAAUAAAGAGGCUAUCAAGGAAUAAAUGUUUUCUGCUCCUCUGCAAUUCUUAUGGGAUGAAUAUUGGUGUUCUGAACGCAGUUGCAACUUUACUUAAUCAAAUAUUUCUCAUGCACUUCCCUGGCGGCGAAGAAGAUGCUGGAAGGAUUGGUUUACUUAUUAUUUUAACUGGAAUGGUUGGAUCCGUCAUCUUUGGAGUUAUAAUUGAUAAAACUCAUAAAUUCAAAGAGACAACCGUAAUAAUUUAUUUUUUAACUCUAUGUGGACAAAUUAUUUUUGCAUUUUCUGUCUAUUUCGAAGUACAGUGGAUGGUAUAUGCAGCUAGUAUAUUUCUUGGAUUUUUUAUGUCCGGUUAUUUCGCACUGGGAUAUGAACUAUGCGCUGAAUACACAUAUCCAGAACCAGAGUUCAUUACUUCAGGAAUUCUUAAUGUUGCAAAUAAUGUUUAUGGUAUUGCUUUCAUCCUUCUUUUCGGAAAACUGAUGGAAGUUUAUGGGGAUCUUGCUGCACAUAUUGGCUUUUGUUCAGCUCUCCUGGUUGGCUUUGUUACGACCAUUUUAACGAAGGAUGAGCAACGUCGCGAAAAUGUCAGAAAAGCUGCAAAAUACAAAGAUAUUCCACUAAAAGAAGAAAAUUUCAUAAAAUCAGUUUUAUAAAUGGAAAUCUAGUUAUCUCACAAAACAAAUGAUCGCAUAAGGAUAGUCAAUAUGAGCAAAUCUAUUAACGUAUAAGCAUUAAAAUUUACCAAGAUCAUUUAUCAGUUUUAAAUUUUGUAAUAAU